GUUUACAGGAUUUUGGCGGCGUAAAGAUGGCAGCAUGAUACUAAAGUGCGUAUUGUUUUGGUUUUUAAAACAUCGUGUUGAUUUCACGUGUAAUUUACCGACGUAAUUUGCAGCUGAUCUUUUUUGAAUUGUUGGACCGACAAAAAAAUUGUGUUUGUUAAAGUUUAAUUAAGCCUGUCAUGGAUGACGAAGCAGAAACGUAUAAACUGUGGAGAAUAAGGAAAACUGUUAUGCAGCUGUGCCACGACAGGGGAUACCUUGUGACCCAAGAUGAGUUGGAUCAAACCCUAGAGCAGUUCAAGGAACAGUUCGGCGACAAACCGAGUGAGAAGAGGCCAGCUCGUAGUGACCUGAUCGUUUUGGUUGCACAUAACGAUGAUCCAACAGAUCAGAUGUUCGUGUUUUUUCCUGACGAGCCAAAAAUUGGAAUCAAAACAAUAAAAACUUACUGUCAAAGGAUGCAAGAGGAGAACAUCCACAGAGCUAUAAUCGUGGUUCAGCAAGGAAUGACACCUUCUGCCAAGCAAUCACUGGUUGACAUGGCUCCCAAGUACAUCCUGGAGCAGUUCCUGGAGUCUGAGCUGCUGAUAAACAUCACGGAGCACGAGUUGGUCCCGGAGCACGUCGUCAUGACCCCGGAGGAGAAGCAGGAGCUCCUAGCGAGAUACAAGCUGAAGGAGAACCAGCUGAUGAGAAUCCAAGCUGGCGACCCCGUGGCCAGGUAUUUUGGGCUCAAGAGAGGACAGGUAGUGAAGAUCAUUCGUCCGUCGGAAACAGCAGGUCGCUACAUCUCCUACCGUCUGGUCUGUUGAGAGUACAAUGCCGAUCUUUUGUACAUUAAAUUAAACUGUAUCAGUUUGUUGGGUACAUCAGAGAUGUCGCCGCAGUUGGAAUGUGAA